AUGUCUCUCAAGAGCGACGCCUUCCCCUCCUCCACCGCCUUCGACGCCAUCUCCAGCUCCCUCUCCUCCUCCGAAUCCGAGCGCAAAACCGCCAUCAAGCAAGGCAACGCCAUCUUCGCCUUCACGCUCAAGAACACCUCCGGCGCGACCGAGAGCUGGCACAUCGACCUUAAGUCGUCCGGCACAGUCGGCCGAGGCGAGAAGCCCGACGGCGCCUCGAAAGCCGACGUGACGCUUGUGCUGUCGGACAAGGACUUUGGAGAGCUGGUGGCCGGCAAGGCGAACGCGCAGAAGCUGUUCAUGUCCGGCAAGCUCAAGGUUAGGGGCGAUGUGAUGAAGGCGACGAAGAUGGAGCCGAUUCUUAAGAGGGCGCAGACGAAGGCGAAAUUGUAG